UAAACAAAUAACAAAUAAUUGAUAAGCGCAUUUUAUAUUUUAUAAACAAAAAAGCUAAAAAGACACUUCCUUUUAUAAUCCAACGAGAAGAAAAAUAAUGUUUCAAAUUGAUCAAUUUCGUUUAGAUAAUAAAGAAGUUAUACAUGAUGUUACAUAUGAUUACUAUGGAAAAAGAGUAGCUACAUGCUCAAGUGAUCAGACAGUAAAAAUUUGGGAUUUAGACGAAAAUGAUCAAUGGUCUGUAUCAGCUAGCUGGAAAACACAUUCUGGUACAAUAUGGCGUAUUUCGUGGGCACAUCCAGAAUUUGGUCAAGUAAUUGCAACAUGUUCAUUUGAUCGUACCGUUGCUAUUUGGGAAGAAAUUGUUGGUGAAAAACCUUCAACAUCUAGUGGACAAACAAAACGUUGGGUGCGACGUGCUCAAUUAACAGAUUCAAGAACAAGUAUAACAGAUUGUAAAUUUGCACCAAAAACAUUAGGUUUAAUGCUAGCAACAGCAUCAACAGAUGGUAUAAUAAGAAUAUAUGAGGCACCAGAUAUGAUGAAUUUAUCACAGUGGCCAGUACAACAUGAAAUUCCUUGUAAAGUUCCUUUAAGUUGUUUAACAUGGAAUAAAUCUAUGUAUAUGUUACAUUCACCAUUAAUUGCUGCCGGAAGUGAUGAAACAUCAUCUGCUGGCGGAAAAGUUUUUAUAUUUGAAUAUAGUGAAAACUCAAGAAAAUGGUCUAAAAUCGAAACAAUUAAUAGCAUUUCUGAAUCUGUUUAUGAUAUUGCAUUUGCACCAAAUUUAGGACGAACUUAUCAUAGAUUAGCUGUAGCUAGUAAAGAUUUACAUAUAUUAAAUAUUAAGCCAAUAACUGAAUCAACUGGAUUGAGUCGUUUAGAAGUGCAAAGUGUUGCACAAUUUAAUGAUCAUUAUUGUCAAGUAUGGAGAGUAUGUUGGAAUAUUACUGGUACAAUGCUAGCAUCGUCCGGCGAUGAUGGAUGCAUCAGAAUUUGGAAAAUGAAUGAUAUUAAAUCAUGGAUAUGUUCUGAUAUUUUGAAAACGGAAGGUUUACAUCCUCCAUUAGAAACACCAACUGUUCAACAUAUGAGUACUGAAAAUAAUUCGAGUACACAACAAUAUAAAAUUUAUAAAAGAGGAAAUAUUAUUACAAAUGCAACUCAAGUGCCUUGGCAUUAAACGAUCUUACGUGAAUAGUUUUGUAUAAAUAAAAUCCGACCUAUAGCUUUGUUUUUUUUUUUUAAACGAAUUGUUAAACAUAUUGUUACUUAAUAAGUUCAUAAUCUAAUAAAAAAUUAAGUACAUUGCAUUUUUCAC